AGUGCCACCGCCCCCAGUCAGGGCGGGGCGGGGCGGGGCCGGGAGAGCGCGCCUGCGCGCUGGUGGGCCUUUUCCCGACGUUAACGUGUCUCGAGAGUGGUAUUGCGGGUCUCUUCUUGCGGUGGGAUAGAGAGAGCAGAGUACCAGCUGCUGCGACCAGAGGCAUGGCAGGACAGGCAUUUAGAAAGUUUCUUCCCCUCUUUGACCGAGUAUUGGUGGAAAGGAGUGCAGCUGAAACUGUAACCAAAGGAGGCAUUAUGCUUCCAGAAAAAUCUCAAGGGAAAGUGCUGCAAGCAACAGUAGUAGCUGUUGGAGGUGGAUCUAAAGGAAAGGAUUUCUAUAAUUGGCCUGAUGAAUCUUUUGAUGAAAUGGACAGUACACUGGCUGUUCAGCAGUAUAUUCAACAAAACAUAAGGGCAGAUUGCUCCAAUAUUGACAAAAUCCUUGAACCACCUGAAGGCCAAGAUGAAGGUGUAUGGAAGUAUGAACAUUUAAGGCAGUUCUGUCUUGAGCUAAAUGGACUUGCUGUCAAACUUCAGAGUGAGUGCCAUCCAGAUACAUGUACUCAGAUGACAGCAACUGAACAAUGGAUUUUUCUUUGUGCAGCUCAUAAAACUCCAAAAGAGUGUCCUGCUAUAGACUACACUAGGCACACACUUGAUGGUGCUGCCUGUCUUCUGAAUAGCAAUAAAUAUUUUCCUAGCAGGGUUAGCAUAAAGGAAUCAUCUGUAGCAAAACUAGGAUCAGUAUGCCGUAGGAUUUAUAGAAUAUUUUCACAUGCUUAUUUUCAUCACCGGCAGAUAUUUGAUGAAUAUGAAAAUGAAACAUUUUUGUGUCAUCGGUUUACUAAAUUUGUGAUGAAAUAUAAUUUGAUGUCCAAGGAUAACCUGAUUGUACCCAUUUUAGAAGAGGAAGUACAGAAUUCAGUUUCUGGAGAAAGUGAAGCAUGAAGGGAAUCACAGAAAAAUGUACUGGACACAUAAUUAACAUUAAUUAUGUACUGUAUAUAUAUCAUUUUAGACACAUCAAUCAUGUAUCCAUAUUAUAGCUUCUUUGUUUAGUAUAGGUUUUUGUAUGCUGUGUGUUGCCUUUUAAAAUGGGAAAUACUUUUUAAGUUAUUCAUGGGUUGUAUAUUCACUGGUGUGGCACUCAUGGUUUUUAAAUAAGAUUAGUAUUAUCUGUUUAUAAUGGCUGUUAAUAAAAUAAUUUACAGUUUGGUAAAAUUGCUGCUAAACAAUCAUUGGGUCACAAUCCUUAUCAGAUAAACCCAUCUGUAAAAGAUGAGUGAGCUUGAGGUUUCACGCAAGCCAUUUACUAAAGAAAUAGUAACAUCUUCCUUUGGUUUUACUCCUGAGUUUAGAUAUUCUAGAAAAUUCUGUAGUACAUACAUAGUUCAGUCUUAACUGUUAAUUUUUCAGAAAUGACAUAAAAAUAUCUUAAAAUUCUGUUUAUAUUUUUGAUAUGCAUAUAUGAUUAUGUGUAUAUCCAAUUAUAAAAAUGCAAAUGAAAUGGUAGUUAAAUAAUCUUACAUAAAGCGAUUCUUGGCCAGCAUAAUUGGAAAGGAUUUACCUUUCUUCAACAGUGGACUGUUACAUAUAAGAUGAUGAUGAUAAGGCACAUAAAUGAUGUUCCUACUGUAAACCCACCUGGCCCGCCCCUUCUCUUCAAUUCCCUUAACCGCCUUCCUGAACUGUAUUAGCUUAGAAGCUCUUCACCAAACUGUUAUUUAGUGGUGGCUUAUACCUAUUUAUAUUUGUAUUAAUUGCUUACAGAUUAUACCUCAUAUUAGCAAUUACAUUACACUACAAGAAAAAUGUAUUGAUAUGGGCUCUCACCUUUGUUUGCAAAAUUGUUCUAACUACUUGGAAAACAGUCUUUAAAAUAGUUUAACUCUUCCUGUUAGUAAUAUUAAUCUUUUCAUCUAACUAUCUGGGCAACAUUUAGAUAGAGUUGAAAAACUAUUGUAGUAUUUAUUUUGCAUCCUCCUCCCCACGAUUUGUGUUUGAAUUAUUUAACACAUUUUUGUGUCUUCAGUGAUUUGCAAUAAUUCAUAGGUUCCAAGGGUACUGAUGAAUGGUUGUAUGUUUUUUGGACUUUGUUAUAAUUCAGUGUCUUAAGAAGGAUAUUCAACUGAAGAUUUAACAAUCUAAUUAUUGAAUGCGGUUUUUGACAAAGCACUGGAGGUCUUAUUGCCAAAUUGAUUGUAAUGAGGUACUAAGGGUGAAAAAAUUGUACAUAUAGUGAAGAAAAUAUUGAAAUCCAUCUCUUGAACAGAUUUAACAAACAUGGGAAACUUUCAUUUAAAAGGGUUAUAUUGAAAUGAAGAGAAAGUGUAUUCAUCUUCAUUUUUUUUUUCCAAAUUUGAGGAAAUAAUUUAUACAAUAUUAUGAGACAAGUGUGUACAGCAAAAAUGUGGGAAAUAGCAUACUGGGAGUGUAUAUAGAGUUUAUGCCUUUCCAAGCCUGCCAGUCUAUUUGGCUUUGAACAGUGCCAUCCCAACAUCCAGUCAUUACUGACCCCCAAUCCACAACUAUCUUUUAGGAAGUUAUGUUCACAGUGAAAGAAUGUUGAUUUUGAAAUGAUGCGUUUAUAUUAAUGUCACUAUAAACCAAUGGGAUAGUAAUUUUUAAAUGAACUUGCUAAAUAUUGAGAGACUGAACUACUAAGUUAAUAAAUUAUAUAUAGCAAUGGAGCUGCUUGCUCUAAGUGUCUCACAAUGAAUUUCUAUUGCUUGACUAUUUUCUUGAUGAAGAUUUGAACUAAGGCAGUGACUAGGAUUGGUGAUCUAGCUUAGUAUUUUGAAACAUAUUUUGAAUAAUAAGGCUUGGUGUCAAUGGGGAAAUACGGUUUUUUUGUCAUACUCGUUCCAUCUACCCUAUGCUGUGUGUUUGGAGUUGAUCAUAAAAAAAAAUUCCCCAAAAGAAAACA